AUGACAGUACCCCAAAGAAUUCAGGCCACUGGUGAUAUAAUGGAUGAAGAUCAUGGUCCUAAUGGACUUGUGAGGGGCUGGGACUACUCAAAUGAGAAGUUUGAUAUGAAAGUGCCAGAAAGAAUACUUGUUGUUGGACAAGAUCAACAUGUUGGUACCAAAGCACCACCAAGAGAAAUUCAACUUGACAAUGCAGUGCUGCCAACUGACCCUGGUAUGAUCAGAGUAAGCACGCCACCGCGUGUUAUCACACUUGACCAGCACUACUUUCCUUCAGCUGAUGACUUUCCACCAGAAGUUCAGAAUCAUUCCCCACCGAAGAAUGUGAGAGCGUUCAGAUCUCAGGGUGAUGGUGCUCGUUCCACUACUCCUCGUCCUGACAACUUCAAUGAAUCAACUAUGACUGAAUCACGUUUGAUGUUGAGAGACCCCACUCCUCCAAUGGGUAGCGGUGAAGGUUUAUCUUCAGCUGAGGAGUUGGUGCACCUUCGACGUCAAAUCGUUAAAUUGAACCGACGAGUCAUGUCAAUAGAAGCAGAACAAUUGCAGAGACAACAAAAAGAGAAGAUUGCAUAUGCAAUUGGAAUCGCUUACUUGCUGAUUAAAGUUAUUGCUUGGCUCAAUAGAUCCUAA